UUUGUCUCCUUCCCAGAAGAGACGGAGCGGUGCCCUGCUCCUCCUCCUCCUCCUCCGCCGCCGCCGCCAUGCCGAUGAAGGGCCGCUUCCCGAUCCGCCGGACGCUGGAGUACCUGAGGCAGGGCGAGGUGCUCUUCAAGGACUCGGUGAAGGUGAUGACGGUCAACUACAACACCCAGGGCAGCCUCGGGCAGGGGGCCAGAAAAUUUGUAUUUUUCAACAUCCCUCAGAUUCAAUAUAAGAACCCUUGGCUCCAGAUCGUGAUGUUUAAGAACAUGACGCCUUCGCCCUUCUUGAAGUUCUAUUUAGAUACUGGGGAGCAAGUCCUGGUGGAUAUAGAAGAGAAGACUAACAAGGAGAUAAUUCAACAUAUUAAAAAAAUUCUUGGAAAAACCGAGGAAACACUCCAGACAGAAGCCCAAGAGAAAAUGAAGCUACGGCAUCCUGCAACAUUUGGACCUAGAAAAUACCACUUGCGGGAGUGUAUGUGUGAGAUUGAAGGCCAAGUUCCCUGCCCUGGUAGAGUUCCAUUACCAAAGGAGAUGACUGGCAAGUACAAAGCUGCCAUGAAAGACGCUGCCACAUCAUAAGGCAACUUCUUUGCCUACACAUGGGAUUAAAUGUAGUAGAAGAAACUCCUUCUUUAGCCAGAUGAAAGAACAUUCAAAUGGUUGCAAAAUGACUGGACUUGAAUACAGGUAGAACAGUUUUUUUAAAAAAAAUAAAAAAUAAAUGAACUCAUAAACUUGUUCUUACCAUG